CUUAAACACAUCACAGGACAGACAGUGAAGGAAACAAUUAACCGGACAGAGAAUACCCGUUAAUGCCUGUCUUGUGUCACUCCAUUAGCACUGUUGACAGUUUAUAAUUAAAGCGCAUUUGCGUCUCUUGAGAACGCAGGUUGUGCGACGGCUGCAAAAGUGUGCGGAACAUGCACUUGUGGAUCUGGGAUGACGCUUUGAUGAAGCUGUAGCUAGUUUGUCGCGCAAAAGGAUUGUUGAAGACCAGAGCUGAAGAGAAUUGUUUCUAAAGAGCUAUAUGGUCAACAAACUAAAGCCUAACCCAUUUCUCAGGAGGCUAAAGCGACACCUUCAAUACGCCACUCUACCUCUGGGUCAGUCAACUGAAGGCCAUAUUUGCGAGCUGGUUUCCACUUUUCUGCCCUGCAAGGAUGUACACUAGAGAGGAUUUCCCAAAAAAUGUGAAGGCGAUAUCAUACCAACAAUGUGGAGUGGAUUACUAUAUGCCUUGAAAACGAUGGCGACUAAAGGUCACCUUCAGUGAUGGGACAGGAAAUUACAUACGCCCAGAAUGCUCCGCCUCCUCUAGCUGACCUAAACAAUUCUGUGAUCUUGGUUUCUUUGGCAGAUGGCACAUGCAAAUCAGGAAAGGCAAAAUCAAUAUGGAUUUAUCACCGCCCAGGGCCCACAAAACUGUAAUAACAGGAAUACAUUGGCACUAAAGGAAAGGCAUAGAGGUGCUAAAUGAAAAGCAUGUCAUGUCACAGUCGCGAAAUUAAAUUCCAUUGAUUCUGUUGUGUUCUAUUUACAUCAAAACAAGUUAUCAGAUUUCUUCUUAACCCAACCUCCUAAUUUCUACUGUUUGAUUUAUCGCUGUGUCCAGUCUUUCAGGACAGCUAGUUUAUAAACAGGCGAUGAUGUGGACAGUUUGUCUCUGAAUCACUCACCAUCUACCAGCAAACCGGAGAGAGAGAAACUACAAGAAAGAAAGAAUGAAAAGGCUGGCAUCAACUCUGGACAUGGCAGUGGACCAAAUGUAUCGUUUGGUUUAACAAAAUAAAAGGUGCUGACAAACUGUCUCCAUGACCAUAAAGCAAGAGUAAAUUCUCUGCUGGAUUACGAGGAUUAAAAAGUGCAGAAUACUUCCUUGAAUGGCCAUGCCUGGGGCUGAUGUACAACUUGUACCCCUUCCAAACUCUCCAGUCUUGAUUGUUGACUCCCGAGGCUGAGAAAGAAGCUGGAAGGGGAGGGGAUAAUGCACGCCCCUCCCGCAACGGAGGAAGAAAGCACCAUGAGUAACGUUACUGUCCUUGACAUCACUGAGUCCGUGAGUCCUGCCAUGACGGCGGCCGGCCCCUACCCCUACCCACUCAGCUUCCAGGUAUCCCUGACCGGGUUCCUCAUGCUGGAGAUCGUACUGGGCCUGAGCAGCAACCUGACGGUUCUGGCCCUCUACUGCAUGAAAUCCAACCUGGUCAACUCCGUUAGCAACAUCGUCACCAUGAAUCUCCACGUGUUGGAUGUGUUGGUGUGCGUAUGUUGCAUACCCCUGACUAUUGUUGUAUUGAUGCUUUCGCUACAAGGCAACACAGUCCUCGUUUGUUGCUUCCAUGAGGCUUGCGUGUCCUUCGCUAGUGUGGCUACAGCGGCCAACGUGCUAGCCAUCACUUUAGACCGAUAUGACAUCUCUGUCAAACCAGCUAAUCGAGUGCUGACUAUGGGACGGGCAGUGGCCCUGUUGGGUUGCAUUUGGGUGCUGUCUUUCAUCAGCUUCUUGGUGCCAUUUAUUGAGGUGGGUUUCUUGGGACCAGAACCCACUAAAACCAAUCAGACCACUGUGGUACAAGUUAACGAGUAUUACACUGAACUGGGACUAUACUACCACCUAGUGGCUCAGAUCCCAAUUUUCUGUUUGACUGCUAUCAUCAUGUUGGUGACCUACUCAAAGAUCUUGCAGGCACUCAACAUCCGGAUCGGUACGCGCUUCCACACAGCACAGAAAAAGAAGAAAAUGAGACAAAAAAAGAACUUCUCGCUUAUGUCAACAUCCGAACAGCAGCUACCCGAGAUCACGGAUGCAUCGCAAAGCAGUGGCGGUAAUCGCGGGAAUGCACCGCUAGGCAUGCGCACGUCAGUGUCGGUGAUCAUUGCCCUACGACGGGCCGUGAAACGUCACCGGGAGCGGCGAGAGCGUCAGAAACGCGUUUUCCGCAUGUCGCUCCUCAUUAUCUCUACGUUCCUCCUCUGCUGGACACCCAUCACAGUUUUAAACACUGUGGUUCUCAGCGCAGGCCCCAGCGACCUCACCGUCAAACUUCGACUGGGCUUCUUAGUCAUGGCGUACGGCACGACAGUCUUCCAUCCCCUCCUCUACGCCUUCACGAGGCAGAAGUUCCAGAAAGUUCUGAAAAGUAAAAUGAAGAAACGCGUCGUGUCUAUUAUCGAGGCAGAUCCGCUGCCGAACAACGCAGUCAUACGAAACUCUUGGAUCGACCCCAAGAGGAAUAAGAAAGUGACAUUCGAUGAUCACGAAGCGAGACAAAAAUGUUUGUCGUCCGAAGAUGCGGACUGAACUAUUUUGAAAAUAAGGACUAGUUCUCAGGAAAGGAAUCUUCUGGGUUCAAUACAAGUUAAGCUAAAUCGGCAGCAUUUGUGGCAUAAUGUUAAUAACCACAAAAAACUAUUUCAACUCGUCACUAUUUUCUAUUUUUAAAAAAAAUCAUCGUUACAGUGAGACACCUACAAUGGAAGUCAAUGGGGCCAAUUUGUAAACGUUUAAAUACUCAACGUUUCAGAAGUAUAGCCACAAGACAUAAACAAUAUGCGUGUUAACAUGAUUUUAGUGUGAUAAAAUCAUUUGCUUACCUUUCUUUUGUAGAUAUAUUUAAUUUUACAACGUUUGCCAUGACUACUUAACGCCGUAAACUCUAAAACGACUAUAAAAACGACGAUUUAAACAACUUCACAGCUAAAAUAAUAAACAAGUUUUAACAGAAGAAUUAAUGUAAGUGCUUUUAUAAAAUUUCAAGCUUCACAUUUCUGCCUUUAAUCCCUCCAAAAAUUGGCCCCAUUCACUUCCAUUGUAAGUGCCUCAUUGUAACCUCGAUUUUUGCUUCUCUUUUUUUUUAAGAAAAGGAGGGAUGAGUCUAAUGUUUUUUUUGUAGUAUCAACACUAUGCCACAAAUGCUGUCGACUGAGCUUAACUUGUAUUGAACCUGAAAUAUUUAAAGCACUGUUAUCCGAAAAAGGAACCUUGUGGUGUGAAUAUUAAGGCCAAAGUAUACUUUAGUUUUCCGUGUUCCAGUACAUCUCGCGCACAGUGUGCGUGACGCAGAUUUUGUCAACAGUACACGCGGACAGUCUGCACUUUUGUGCAACUGUGCUAAAAGAGUAUCACAAAGCAGUAUGCUGAAUGCAUCCAUAUACAUUCACGGUCAAGAGUAUACUUUUAAAGUCUGAGCGCUUGACCAUGUACGAGAUGGAAAGGCACAUGGAAAAACAAAGUGUACACCAAGCUUUAGUCUUAAAGGUAAAGUGUGUAAUUUCUUUGCCAUUAAUGUCACUAAACAGAAUCAUAAAUACAAUGACUGUUAUCAAACAGCUUUCCAGAACACUCCCUGUGUGCCAUUGGUUGUAUUAGUCAUGCCCCAAACUCGUGCCAUUCGUUGAACCAAUAAUGCCAUGCCGGGUUGCUCAAACAAACAGAGCAACAUUUAUUUAGGGCUGCAGAGCCAUAGCGUUUACAAAUUUCAGGGGAAUCAACCUACAUAUUGCUUACUUACAGUAGUCUUUGUGAAGCUGGGAUACGAGAAACUGUUUAAAACAAAGAAAUGACACACUUCACCUUUCAAUGUUACUAUUUAUAACUAACUUGGAAAAUAACAUGAUAGGUUUCCUAGAAUGAUUCCACUGUAGUUACUGAGUGCAUGUCCUUUAUAAACCACUGUAUGUACAGUUGAAGUCAGAAGUUUACAUACACUUAUUUUGAAGUCAUUAAAACUCAUUUUUUAACCACUCCACAGAUUUUAUAUUAGCAAACUAUAGUUUUGGCAAGAUGUUUAGGACAUCUUCUUUGUGCAUGACAUGAGUAAUUUUUCCAACAAUUGUUUACAGACAGAUUGUUUCACUUUUAAUUGACUAUAUCACAAUUCCAGUGGGUCAGAAGUUUACAUACACUAAGUUAACUGUGCCUUUAAGCAGCUUGGAAAAUUCCAGAAAAUGAUGCCAAGCCUUUAGGCAAUUAGCCAAUUAGCUUCUGAUAGGAGGUGUACUGAAUUGGAGGUGUACAUGUGGAUGUAUUUUAAUGCGUACCUUCAAACUCAGUGCCUCUUUGCUUGACAUCAUGGGAAAAUCAAAAGAAAUCAGCAAAGACCUCAGAAAAAAAAAUAUGGACCUCCACAAAUCUGGCUCAUACUUGGGAGCAAUUUCCAAACACCUGAAAGUACCACGUUCAUCUGUACAAACAAUAGUACACAAGUAUAAACACCAUGGGACCACGCAGCCAUCAUACCACUCAGGAAGGAGACACAUUCUGUCUCCUAGAGAUGAACGUAGUUUGGUGUGAAAAGUGCAAAUCAAUCCCAGAACAACAGCAAAGGACCUUGUGACGAUGCUGGAGGAAACAGGUAGACAAGUAUCUAUAUCCACAGUAAAACGAGUCCUAUAUCAACAUAACCUGAAAGGCUGCUCAGCAAGGAAGAAGCCACUGCUCCAAAUCUGCCAUAAAACACAGACUACAGUUUGCAAGUGCACAUGGGGACAAAGAUCGUACUUUUUGAAGAAAUGUCCUCUGGUCUAAUGAAACAAAUAUUGAACUGUUUGGCCUUAAUGACCAUUGUUAUGUUUGGAAGAAAAAGGGUGAGGCUUGCAAGCCGAAGAACACCAUCCCAACCGUGAAGCUUGGGGGUGGCAGCAUCAUGUUGUGGGGGUGCUUUGCAAAUCAGCCAGGAAGUUAAAGCUUGGUCGCAAAUGGGUCUUCCAAAUGGACAAUGACCCCAAGCAUACCUCCAAAGUUGUGGCAAGUUAUUGGAGUGGCCAUCACAAAGCCCUGACCUCAAUCCGAUUGAAGCUUGUGGAAGACUACCAAAAACGUUUGACCCAAGUUAAACAAUUUAAAGGCAAUGCUGCCAAAUACUAACAAAGUAAACUUCUGACCCACUGGGAAUGUGAUGAAAGAAAUAAAAGCUGAAAGAAAUAAUUCUCUCUACUAUUAUUCUGAUAUUUCACAUUCUUAAAAUAAAGUAGUGAUCCUAACUGACCUAAGACAGGGAAUGUUUUCUACGAUUAAAUGUCAGGAAUUGUGAAAAACCGAGUCUAAAUGUAUUUGGCUAAGAUGUUUGUAAACUUCUGACUUCAACUGUAAAUACAAAAAAAAAAAACUGAGAUUUGUACAUACUCUUUAUCAGUUCUGUACCUCUAUUAUGACUUAUAGCCUGUGUAUACAUGUGUUUGUAAUAAAUUAGGUGGGGGAAAAAAAAAGAGGUAUUUAGCAUUAAUUCACACACUUUGAACAUUGAAAUAUAUUGACCUUCCAUGACAGCUGUUCACCCAUGGAUAUUUUACAUGUUCUGCAUUUUAGACAUUUAAGGUAUACAUUUGAUCAGUUUGUGUGUUCCCAGUUGAACUACAGGAACCCACACCCAUGUUUGAGAAUCAAAAUGUGUUCUUAAAGGGAUAGUUCACCAUUAAAUGAAAAUUCUGUCAUCAUUUACCAACCCUCAUGUUGUUCAAAACCCGUUUGACUUUAUUUCUUUCUUGGAACACAAAAGAAGAUGUUAGGCAAAAAAAAAAAAAAAGAAGAAAGAAAGUGAAUGGUGACUAAAGCUAACAUUCUGCCUAACGUCUCCACUAAGGAAACAAAGACCUAAUUUUUGAGUGAAUUAUCCCUUUAACACAUCAUUUCAGAAUAAAUAAAGGUUAAAAAGUAGAGUGCAAAGGAAAGAUGGCUUGAAAUGAAGUGAGGCAAGUAAUGCAGAAUACUAAUUAGUUUUACACCAGCCAAGAAAGACAGAAAGAGUUUGAAGCCAAAGUGUUUUGGAUCACCUGCCUAUUGAAAUUUGACAUUCCCAAAGCACUGAGGAAACAUCUGGUUCAUUUCGGCUUUCAAGGACAAAACGUCCCUCAUUCAGUUCUAAAUCUGCAUGUAUGUUAAAGGGAUUCACCCAAGAAUGAAAAUUCUGCCAUGUGAAUGGUGACUGAAGAAAAGAAGUAGUUUGGAUUUAGAACAACAUGAGGAGUAAAUAAGGACAGAAUUGUCAUUUCUGGGUGAACUAUAUCUUUAAAAAUGAAAAUUUUAGAAUUUAAAGGGAUAGUUCACCCAAAAAUGAAAAUUCUCUCAUCAUUUACUCACUCUCAUGCCAUCCCAGAUGUUUAUGACUUUCUUUCCUCUGCAAAACAUGAACGAAGAUUUUUAGAAGAAUAUCUCAGCACUGUAGGUCCAUACAAUACAAGUGAAUGGUGACCAGAACUUUGAGGCUCCAAAAAGCACAUAAAUGCAGCAUAAAAGUGAUCCAUACAACUCCAGUUGUUAAAUCUAUGUCUUCUGAAGUGAUAUGGUAGGUGUGGGUGGGAAACAAAUAAAUAUUUAAGUCAUUUUUUUAAAAUAAAUUCUCCUCCCUGCCCAGUAGGUGGCGAUAUGCACAAAGAAUGUGAAUCGGCAAAAACAAAAGAAGAAUGUGAAAGUGAAAGUGGAGAGUGAUAGUAAAAAAGGACUUAAGAAUAAAUUUGUCUUCAAAACUGGUUUGAUCUUCAUCUAAGUUACAAUAAAGAACAAACACAAUCUGUUUUAACUAAUAACACACAAAAAUGUUAUUCUUGUACAUAUUGAACAUCAUUCAAACAUUCACAGUGUAAUUUGUAAAACAUAUGUGAAACCCUAGGCUAAUGGCGUCCACAAAAGCUAAUUAGAGUCAGGAGUUGGCAAACCUGGCAUCCAAUUAAUGAAUAGAGAUUGGAGGUGUGGGUUAGAGCUACUUUGACUUGUAAAAAGCACUCAAACCUUUUGAGUUUGCUAUUCACAAGAAGCAUCUGCUGACAUGGACCAUACCUCACAAAAAAGAUCUCAGAAGACCUACGAUCAAGAAUUGUUGCUUUGCAUAAAGCUGAAAAGGGUUACAAAGUUAUAUUGAAGAGCUUAGAUAUUCAUCUGUCCACAGUUAGACAAACUGUCUAUAAAUGGAGACGAUUUAGUACUAUGGGUACUCUCACUAGAAGUGGCCGUCCAGCCAAGAUGACUCAUGGGCACACCGCAGAAUGAUGAAAAAGAUCCCUAGAGUGACAGCUAAAUACUUGAAGUAAUCAUUGGAACUGGUUAACAUCUCUGUUCAUGAGUCUACUAUACAGAAAACAUUAAACAGGCAUGGUGUCCAUGGCAGGACUAAGCAUUAAGGAAGCCGCUGCUUUCCACCAAAAUCAUUGCUGCACGCCUGAAGUUUGCCAAAGACCAUUUGACACUCCACAAUGAUACUGGGAAAAAUUUUUGUGGACUGAUGAAACAAAGGUUUAAUUGUUUUGGAAGACCAUGCAGCCCUAUGUAUGGUGUAGAAAAGGCACUGCAUACCAACAUGAAAUUACUAAACCAGUUACUUAAUCCAAGAGUUCACUUACUUUUUCCACAGCACUGUGAAUGUUUAAUGGGAUGUGUUCAAUAAAGACAUGACAUAUUAUAAUUGUUUGUGUGUUAUCUUAAGCACGUUGUGUUUGUCUAUACUUGUGACUUUGAUGAAGGUGAGAUCACAUUUUAACACCAAUGCAGAAAACCAGCUAAAUCCAAAGGGUUCACAUACUUAUUCUUGCCACUGUAUAUGCCUAGAUCGGAUAUCUAAAGCCAGUUUCAUGGUGCUGGUAAAAUCCAGGUCAUACAGUGACCUGCGAUUGCAAGGCUUUACCUCUCUUAAAGUGACGGCACUUCAAACAACCAACCAGCAAUUCAAUAUGCUGCGGUGACCUUUCAUAAAACACUUCACUAUCAUAAAAUAUGAGCCUCUCUGAUCUUUCUACAUGAACUUCAAUUUAGAAUCACUACUUAAUAAACAGUGGGUUAACAACAAGUGUUUUGUAAAUGUCACGCAUCUUUUAUCAGAUAACACAAAGCUUUGUUUGGUUGUCAUACUGCCUAAAGGGAUAGUUCAGCCAAAAAUGAUAAUUCUGACAUCAUUCACCCACCCUAAUGUGGUUUCAAACCCAUAUCUCUUUCUUUCUUCAGUGGAACACAAAUGAGAUGUUAGGCAAAAUAUUGAGUCACCAUUCACUUUCAUUAUAUGGAAAAAAAAAAUGCAAUAUAAAAGUGAAAAGUGACUGAGAAUAGUGACUUAAUUGAACAGCCGUGCUGAAUUUAGGCUAUAUGAAAACUGUGGGCUAUUACGCCAUCUGGUGACCAUCAGUAACCUGAACAAUCACCAUAAAGAACAGGGUCUAUACAAUUUAAAUGUGUAUAUUUAUCAUUUCAACCAAUUUAAAGAAUUGUCCUUGUGAAGGAAUAAACCAUGAACAUGUUUUCAUUCACAUUUAGCUAACAACCUGUUUUUCAAGAGAUCACAUUGACUUGUUUACAUGUGUGUGUGUGUGUGUAAUGAUCCACUUUGUUUCUCUGUGAGGUUGUAGAUCAGAUGUUUAGGGCAGUAAGUUAAACUCCUGUGCUCAACUUUUUAUCCAGGAAAGACAUGGACAUUUUUUUUUUUAAAUGCAAAACUUCUUUAAUUUUGUAAUAUUUCAUUAUUACAUUAUUCAUUGUUAUAACAACAUUUUUUUUGUUUCAUGUAUUGAAUUAGCCACAAUUCAGCUCAAUGUUAUGCAGUUUCAAUUGAAUUUUGUUCAUCAGUAAGUAAAUUCAAAGUUGUCGAAAAAGUCCAAUAAACUCAUAAUUGCACUUAAAAUUUUCGUAACCUCCGGAGACCCCCGUGUGACUGCUGUGUGCAUUUUCCGUUUCCAUUUUUGAUUUGUAACUAGUAGCACCUAAUAAACAAGCAAAAAAAAAAAAAAAAAAUAAUAAUAAUUUCUAGAGCAAAUAGCUUUCUUAAAAAUGUAUAUCCACAUAUGUGGACAGCGAGACUAUGCUGUGAAAUGCUAUAGAAAGUCAGAUUGUUUUCAUCAAAUUGUUUAUUAUGUUUCCAGGAGUGUUGAUUAUUCAUGUUUUUGAGACGUUACAGACAUUACAUCAGAAAUUUGCAUAAUUAAUUCUGAUUCAAAGUAAUGUCCAGCAUCAUCCAAUCACUGUCAACCAUGUUAAAAUAAAAUGAUACAUUAUAAAUUCUGAAUCUAUGUACUGAUUAUCAUUGUCACAUGUCUGUCAAACAUGUUGAGUGAUCCAAACAUCAUCUGCAGCCUGAAACUGAACUCUUGAUCAGAUUUUAGGAGUGAAUGCACUUAACUGAAUAGAGAGAUAUAGGAUGCUCCCUUGCUCCCUAUUUAGUGAAUGACUUAACCUCCAGUGUGCUGUCUGUCUGCACUGGUCUCAGAACAGUUCGAAAUGUAUCUUAUUUUCAUCCUAACUCAAUAUAAAGCCUCU